UUUCAGUUCAUUGACAUCAUCCACCAGUUGAUCAGUGCACUGCAGUGAUCAGUCAGUGUUACGUGGCUAUUUGAUAGCGAGUGUGACUUGUGGGCUGCAGCAAGGUAAAACAUAAACUGUGGAUAAAUAGGUAAUAUGGUUACAUUCAGGUAUUAUGAUCCUAAUGAAAUUUUUCAGGAGGGUGAUCCAGCAGGUAUGUGUGGUAGGGCGAAUCUGGCCCUAGCCAAAUCUUUCUUUCAUAGUAGAUUCCAUAACGAAGCGGAGAAGCACAAAUGCAACGUUACAUCAGAUGACAAAAUUAAAAUUGGUAGCAGAUCUGCCAGAUACGACAAAAAUACUGGAGCUGCAGCCUUGUACGUAAAAAAGGAAGGGGAGAAUAUAUGGAUUCCUUAUACUUUACCCUCACCUCAAUAUCUUAAUAAAGAAUACCACUACGUGUCUUAUGGUAAUAAACAUUUCAAAAGCCAAUCGGAAUUAGAAGCAAGCGCUUAUGGCCACUCAGAAAAAAUUCUAAUGAGGGAUAUUUUAAAUGACUUAAUAUCGGCACAUCCUGCUGAUCAAUAUGCUAUCUCAAAACCGAGUUCUUUAGGUAAAUCACCAAAACUAGAGGAUCAGGAGUAUGAAGUGCUGAAAUCUCUGACAGAAAAAGCCACUGAAUAUAAGGAGUAUUUAAGCAGUAAAAAUCUCAUAAUUAAAAUGUGGUCAGAGCGACCAGCGUGUAAAGACCACCCCAACAAAAAGAUUGAAGGAAUAAAGUGUGAAGAUUUUUUAAAAGCUAUUUGUCCUGAUGGCAGUCAGUUUGGAUACACAGUUGAGAACUAUUCGCCUCCUACCGAUUGUCAGGAAAAAAAAGAAAAGCAGAAGGAGGCACAGAAGUUAGUACAAAUGACAUAUAUUGCCUUCAAAAAGGCUUAUGAAAAGUACUCACUUGAAAAUGAUCUGAUGCAUCAAGAUCAUGCAAGUGUCGAUAUCCCCCAAGAUGGUGAAUUAUGUGACUAAAUUUUAUGGUUUUAGGCUCUGAUAAAGGGCUAAUUAUACACUUGUUGCAGAUCUGCAAAACUCUGCGACACAACAGUGAAAAUAGCUCUUGCAUGGGUCAAGGAUUUGCAAUACAAAGGGAAAUAGCGAUGAUUUUCUUACAUACGGCCUCUCAGCGUAGAGUGGAGGAUAACCUCCAUUACAACCUCAACUUUGAAAGCUAUUUUUCGAGCUUCGGAGUUGGUUUCAAAGAAAAUCAGUGGCAUUGUAUUUCUUGCAAAAUUUUACUUUAGAAAAAGUGCUUAAAUCGUAAAUCCCUAACACAUGCCAGAGCUUUAUUCUAUAUUUGUGUUACAAAAACAACAAGUGGCGAUUUUCUUACAUUCCCAAUACGUAAGUUACUAAGAUGGCUAUCUAUUCACUUUACAGACUAUACAUCUAUAAAAUGAUAUAGUCAACUUUUCGGCUUGAUUUUUUAAAAUUUUAUUAUUACUAUGAUUUUGUAGGUACCAAAGUAUGUCAAUAAAGAUAGAUUUUGUUCAACGUUUUCUUUUGUAUUGAUACUUUGUCAUUCUUUUAUCCAUAAGUGUAAAGAUAUUGAGAUAAAUAACGAAUUCUGCUGAAAUACUUGUUUCGUCUAUAUUUUUUGUACGUUUUGUAAAUUGUACCUAAAUUUUUCAAUAAAUUUUAUACUUUUCAUUCGA